AUGCUUUCAUUGAACUCCUCUAAUGCUCAUUUCAUUCCCUCAGUCCCUACAGAUUUUGGCAAACGGGUGUACCAAGGAGUGCGAGUGAAACACACAGUCAAAGAUCUUCUUGCUGAAAAACGAUCCAGGCAAAGCAGUGGCUCCUGCUUCAGUGGCAGCACCGGCACACCGCAGUCACCAUUUGUCCAAAUGCCAGGCUCACCAACCACGGCUGGUUACUACGGCGUCAGGAGGUCCUUCACAACUGAGUUGGAUUUCCACAACACAAAGCAGUUUGUCAGUGAUGUCUACUCAUCCCCCAUAGGGUCCAAGCCCUUCUCGUGCGAUUCCUCUGCCACUCAGGGCUACUCAGCACUUCUGGACCCAUACGUCACCGACCAAUAUGGGGAUUACCAUGCUACUCCCCUCACAGCUGGUACCAGCUCCUUCUUCAGCCCUUCUGUGCCCCCUCUCCUGCCAUCCUUCCCUAAUGACACAGCGCACUUCCUACUAAGAGAGCCUGGGGAGCAGACCUCACCCAACAGUCUCAGCCAGUCGGAUGGUGCGUGCUCAGACCCUCUGCAAGCACUGCCUGCCAGUGCCAGCUGCCUCUCCUCACACGAGUCCGGAGGCAUUUCCCCAUACCGAAGCUCAGGUUGGACCCCAGCCAUCCCCGGAGCCCAGCCCUACCCUCUGCAUCCUCUUGAAGAUGUCCACUACUCCCCCAGCUGUGCUGCCACCUCACCCUACUCCUUUUCACCAUUCAUGACUGUGGCAAACGAGCUUACCUCCAGGAUAAGCCACCUCUCACCAGAGCAGUCCUUGGAGAUGUUGCCCCUUCACGAUAACUCUGCCUGGGCAAAAGAGGAUGGAAGUCCCAUCUGGGGGACUUAUGAAUGCCGGAGAACUUACUGA